CCAAAUUUAAAACGUUCUUGCAUCUUUGCAGCUUUACUCAUUUUGUUCCUAAUUGUUUAGUUUACUCAUCGUUUCUCUGUCUGUUGUGUACUCAUUUACAGGAAGCUUAGGAAGUCGCAUGCCAGCAAGAGAGCAGAGACAAACAAGUGGCUGAAAGAGAAGGAAGACGAACUUUGCUCUAGAAAGAAGGCUGCUUUGGAGGCGAGGUCGGAGAAGUCACAGCUGGCUGCAGAUCAGAGAGAAAACAGUGAAAAUAAACCUCAAUGGCAUUCCAGCUUUUUGAAGGGAAGGAACAUGCGUCUGUCUACCAAAAGUAUCGUUUCAUGCCUCCAACUGAGCUCAAGGACAUCAUCAUUCAGUACUUAGACAAAAAGAAAGGCCCGCCACAUGUGCUGGCGGUGGAUCUGGGAUGUGGAACAGGUCAGAAUACUCGACUGCUGGCGCCACAUUUCAAACAGGUAGUCGGUCUCGACAUCAGCGAGUGUCAACUGGAGGAGGCCAGAGCUGUGCCGGGGUACCCUAACAUCACAUACAGAAAGGGGACAGCAGAGGAGCUUCCCUUUGCAGAUGGCUCUGUAGACUUGCUGGCAGCAGCUUCAGCUGCCCAUUGGUUUGAUCAGUCCAAGUUCUUGGCUGAAGCAAAUCGGGUUUUGAAACCUGGAGGCUGCAUAGCUCUGCUGGGCUUCACCAUUAAUAACACCAGCUUCAGCUACAAGGACUGUGGAAACAGACUCAAUCUCAUCUUUGAAGAGGUUAAACUGGUGCUGCAGCCGUACACAACUGGGCCAGUUGCAUUGUCUGAGAGUAAGCUGGAAGAUCUGUACUCUGCCAUCCCCUAUCCAGACAAAGAGAGGAUUGAGAGUUUUCAAGAAAAAUCGUUCACCACUGUGAGGAACCUGGUUGGUUUAAUUUCGAGUUGGUCAAUGUUCCAAACUUUUAAGAUGAAAGACCCCCAGAGGGCUGAAGAUCUGCUGGUCAACACUCAAAAGAGGUUCCUGGAUGAGAUGGGCGUCACUUCUCCAGACACUGAAAUGGAGCAGCGGUGGGAAUAUUUCUGUGUCCUGGCAUCAAAACCACAAUAACUAAUGCUUCAUCACUGGAUAUACUGUCUGAAUAAACAAUUUUUCCCUCA